GUCUUUCCAAUGAGACGAUCUACUAAGUACUACUAUCAAGUAAAUUUUAAUCGUCUCACAGACAGUCUGGUGGUACACUCAUCAUCUACUGAAUUCAGAUAUCAGUGACUUGCGAGUUCUCUAGCUUCACUCUUUGCUGAUUGGCCCCACGUUCUGGUGUAGUCUUACUGAUGUCGUGCGUAGACUUCGAAUUGAUAUUUCAGGGUGAUACUUUGGGGAGGAGGUAGGCUCUCCGAGUUGAAGCUAUCGAAGGUAAGUUGGAUCGUCGAAUGCCGUCACUUGCUAAGAGCAGUUUCACUUGAUUAAGCAGGGAGAAGUCAUGACCGCAUCUGCCGAACUUCAUUUGAAUAUGCUAUCUAACGGGCCUUUCAGAUGCCAUUAACGGUGUCCAGCUUAUCACCAAAACACCACACCUUAUCGUCCCGUGUCCAGGAUUUCACCUAUCAACGUGACGUCCCAGGCCUUCUUCUUCGCCUAAAUCCAUCAUUUCCUCAUUCUAUUCAUGGUGCGUCCUCGUGAUAAGGAUAAAGUGGAUAGGAACGUAUCCAAUCGCCCGUUUCUAAUGACACGCCAGAGUCAUUUCCGAGUUCCAUAUGCCCGGACUGCUUAUCUCCACUCGAACAAGCGCGACGGGUGUGGAUUAGACUCCAUUGAUAUAAGCUUGGUCCACCCCCAUUCCUGGGACUCUUUCUUGGAGCUUAUCCUGCGCUUUCUUUGCGCUUCUUGUGACGACGUUGACACGGUUCCUGGCUUCUCUGGGUGAACCUGAAGAUUUUAUGAUGACGACUGUCGCUUCAAGCUCACGAAAGGAUGCUAUCGCACAGGCGGAUGAAGAGUUAUUGGCGACCUUGGGGUAUAAGCAAGAAUUCAAGAGGGCGUUUUCUGGCUUGGAGACGUUUGGAGUCGCGUUCAGCAUCAUUGGUCUGCUACCGUCCAUCGCGUCGGUGCUCUUCUACUCAAUACCGAAUGGUGGGCCGAGUGCCAUGGUCUGGGGCUGGGCUGUAGCUUCGAUCUUCAUCCUCCUCGUUGGUAUGUCCAUGGCCGAGCUUGCGAGCGCCGCUCCUACUAGUGGUGGUCUCUACUUCUGGACACAUUCACUCUCGUCUCCGAGAUGGCGGAACUUGUUGGCUUGGAUUGUCGGAUAUGCAAAUACAAUCGGGUCUGUGGCCGGCAUAGCAUCCAUAGACUGGGGAUGCUCCGUUCAAAUUAUGGCUGCUGCUACGAUCGGUUCAAAGGAUCAGAGUUUCAAUCCUAGCAGCGGUGCGACUUUUGGCGUAUUCGUCGCAGUUGUCCUUUCGCAUGCCGUUCUCUGUUGUCUGGGAACACAGGUUUUGGCGAGAUUACAGACUGUAUACGUUGUUUUGAACGUCUUGCUUUGCCUAGCUGUCAUCGUAGCCCUCCCAGCCGCGACUCCCUCCGAGUUGAAGAAUAGCGCCAGCUUCGCUUUAGGUAACUUUACAAACUUCAAUGGAUGGCCAGACGGGUAUGCCUUCAUUCUGAGUUUCCUGGCACCGUUGUGGACAAUCUGUUCCUUCGAUUCCAGUGUUCACAUCAGUGAAGAGGCCUCGAAUGCGGCAACGGCUGUCCCCUGGGCCAUUGUGGGUGCCAUCUCAAUCGCCGGUAUCCUUGGUUGGGCGAUUAACGUAUCUCUAGCGUUCUGUAUGGGCACGGAUUUGGCUAGUAUCAAUGACUCAGAUCAGCCCAUGGCCUGGAUCUUCUUCAAUAGCUUUGGACAAAAAGGGACUUUGGCUGUUUGGGCUAUUGUAGUGAUUGUACAGUACAUGAUGGGUUCCAGCAUGGUACUCGCUGCAUCAAGGCAAACAUUUGCUUUCUCUCGUGAUGGUGCACUUCCAUUCUCUCGCUGGCUCUAUCGUAUGAACAGUUUCACUGGUACACCCGUCAACACUGUAUGGUUCGUCUGCAUUUGGUCCAUCCUUCUUGGCCUCCUUGCGUUCGCAGGCGACUCCGCAAUCAAUGCAGUCUUCUCUCUAUCUGUGACAACGCUCUACAUCGCUUAUGGGAUCCCCAUCGCCGCCAGGUUCCUCGGCAACAAUGAUUUCACACCUGGUCCUUUCUCUCUUGGGCGUUGGUCUGCGCCAUGUGCAUUAAUAGCAUGUCUAUGGAUGUUAUUGAUGAGCGUCGUUUUCCUGUUUCCGAGUACUCCACAGACGGAUGUAGGAGACAUGAAUUAUACUGUGGUUGUUCAGGGUGGGGUUAUGGCACUUUCGUUGGUGUAUUAUUGGUUCCCGAAAUACGGAGGUAUGUAUUGGUUUACGGGACCUGUGCCGACUAUUGAGGAAGAUAGGAAGGGAGUGGAAGGAGAAGUUUCGGAGAGGAGUUCGCAGACGGAGAGAGAUGUUUUGGAGAAGGAGAAAGGUAUUAGUGUAUCUCAGCAGGAUGUGUGAUUGUCCAUACACUGCAGUUAGAUAGAACAUACUGCAACCGUAUGACAUGCAUGAUGCACCUCAGUUUCAGU